AUGUUCUGGUUCAACCAAGCGACUCUUCUCCUCAGCAGUGCACUGCUCGUGGCCGACGUGCUUCCCGUCGGAGCCGUGCGGACCAUCAUCCCCAAGACGAGCUUCGACUCCCAACCCAACUUCGACGCCGACUGGAACUACCUCUACCCCUGGGGCACCGACCACAACGGCGGCGCGCGCAUGAACAAGGACAACGUCAAGUUCGACAGUGGCGUCCUCACCCUCACCGCCAACAAGGUCAGCGGCCAGCCGCAGGCGACGCACGGCGGGCGAAAGAUCAACAUCAACUACCUCAGCGGCGCGGUCCACGCCAAGGAGCACUUCAACGUCUCGCUAGGGGGCGGCUACGACUUCAGCGCCGAGCUGCGGGCGACGACGACCAAAGGCACGUGGCCCGCGUUCUGGCUCACGGCCGUGCAGGGCUGGCCGCCCGAGAUCGACAUGGCGGAGUGGAAGGGCAGCGGCAAGAUCAGCUUCAACACCUUCAACACCAGCUCCGUCGUCGCUGCCAAGGACGUCGAUUACCCGAGCCCCGACACUUUUCACAAGAUCAAGUGCGAGACGCGGGAUCUCAACGGCAAGGACGUGCAGGCCAAAUUCUACCUGGACGACCAACUCGUGACGACGCAAGUGGGCGCCGGAUACGUUGGAAAGCCCAUGUACCUGUCAGUAGAGCUUGUUUUGCUUAAGAGAAGGCUUGUGAGCGUGCUAAUUCGAGUCAUUCUACCAGGAUUAUCAACUUACAAAUGGAAGGCUCUUCCGGCUUACCCGGCCCCGACGGAAGCACUGAAUUCCAAGUCCGAAACCUAG